AUGCAUCCGCCAGAGGGGUACCCAAGAGAAAUUGUGCAGGCUAUUCAGGAAGUUAUACAACUGUAUCUGACUUAUAAGAUUCUAGUGCCCACUGACUCCCCAUGGAAUUCACCGAUUCUGCCUAUACCAAAAGGGGAAGGGAAAUAUCGAAUGGCUCAGGAUCUUCGUCGGGUCAACAGUUCAACAGUCACAAUUUAUCCCACGUUGCCAAAUCCUUAUGUGUUACUUGGGUUAAUUCCACCAGAAGCCAAAUGGUUUUCAGUUAUUGAUUUAAAAGAUGCCUUCUUUUCUAUACCCAUUCAUAAAAAAAGCCAGCACUUGUUUGCCUUUGAAUGGGAAAAUCCGACAACAGGAAGGAAACAGCAGUAUACUUGGACACGCCUUCCACAGGGAUAUAAAAAUUCCCCAACGCAUUUUAGCGCGGCGUUAGCUACGGACUUGGAAAUUCUAGAUUUACCCCCUCCUGAUGUUGUGUUGCAAUAUGUGGAUGAUCUUUUGGUGACAGGGCAAACAGAAGAGGACUGUCAUGCCAAUACAGCAGCCCUGUUACUUCUGUUACAAGAAAAAGGCUAUAAAGCUUCUAGGGCCAAAGCACAAUUGGUCCAAUUGAAUGUUAGGUAUUUGGGAUAUGAUAUCCAGCAGGGGCAAAGAACUUUGGGACAUGAAAGGAAGGAAGCCAUUUGUCAAUUACCAGCCCCAAGAAAUAGGAAGGAAUUGAGAGGCUUUUUAGGAGCAGCAGGAUUUUGCCGCAUUUGGAUUCCUAACUUCGCAUUGUUAGCAAAGCCACUUUAUGAAGCUACAAAAGGGAAUGAAACGGCACCUUUGCGGUGGGAAAAAGAGGAACAGAAAAGUUUUUUGAACUUAAAACAUGCUUUGACUCAAGCCCCGAGUCUGGGACUGCCUAAUUUAGACAAACCUUUUCGUUUAUUUGUGGACACUAAACAGAAUAUGGCUGUGGGGGUGUUAACUCAGAAGAUGGGAACGUGGUAUCGACCAGUUGCAUAUUUGUCAAAACAAUUGGAUCAGGUAGCAAAAGGGUGGCCCUCUUGUCUUAAGGCUGUAGCAGGCACAGCUUUACUUACUCAGGAAGCAAAUAAACUUACUUUUGGACAGCAGUUGAAUAUCUACACCCCCCAUGCUCUUCGGGCUGUUCUGGAUCAGAAGGGCCAUUUGUGGCUUACCAAUCCACGUAUGUUGAAGUAUCAGGGGCUUAUUACACAUAACCCCCUCAUCAAACUUGUUCAGUCAUAUGCUUUGAAUCCUGCCACUCUGUUACCUGAACCAGACUCUGAGAUCACUCAUGAUUGUCUGCAAACCAUCGAGGAAACCUAUGCUAGUCGCCCAGAUUUGAAAGAUGAACCCUUUUCCGACCCGGAUGCAACCCUUUUUACCGAUGGAACCAGUUUUAUCCAUGAAGGUGUAAGGAAAGCAGCUUAUGCUGUAGUUACUCUUGAUGAUGUAUGGGAAGCCAAGCCCUUACCUGCAGGAACUAGUGCCCAGUUGGCAGAAUUACAUGCACUCACUAGGGCAUUGGAAUUAGCAAAAGGUCUACGUGUCAACAUUUACACAGACUCCAAAUAUGCCUUUCUUACAGUUCAAGUGCAUGGAGCUUUGUACAAAGAAAGGGGUCUUAUUACAGCAGGAGGAAAGGACAUUAAAUAUGGACCCCAAAUUUUGCGUCUAUUGGACAGUGUGUGGUCCCCCAAACAAGUUGCCAUUAUGCAUGUACGGGGUCAUCAGAAGGGGAUUUCAACAGCUGAAAGAGGAAACCACAAGGCUGAUCAGGUGGCAAGGGCAGCAGCUUUGGAUCCAUUCUCCCUGCAAGCUAACUGCCUUACUUUGUGGAUCCCGAACCAAGAGGAUGAACCCCCCUCAUAUAGCCACUCGGAAGUCCAGCAAGCUGAAGCUAUAGGGGCAGAACUAGUAAAUGGGUGGUGGACUCUGCCGGACAACCGGGUGUUUGUACCUCAGCAGUUAGCAUGGGAAGUUGUUUCUUCCCUGCAUAGGCAUUUACAUUUAGGAAAGACAGCUUUGGGAAAGGCUUUAACAAGGGAAGUCUAUAUUAACAAUUUGUCUAGUCUAGCAGCUGCUGUUUGCUCUCGAUGUCAGGUGUGUGCUGCUAAUAACCCACGUCAGGGCCCAAGUCUUCCCCCUGGGCACCAACCUAGGGGGGCUUAUCCUUUUGAUUAUUUAAUGAUCGACUUUACGGACAUGCCGAAAGUGGGAUCGUACACUGCUAUGUUAGUUGUUGUUUGCACAUACACAGGGUGGCCUGAAUGUGUUCCCACUAGAACGAAAAAAGCUUUGGAGGUAACCCAAACUCUGUUAAAUAUAGUUAUUCCACGAUAUGGGUUGCCCUCACGUAUCUCUUCAGAUAAUGGGCCUGAGUUCAUUCAUGCAGCCACUCAGAAGGUUGCCCAGGUGUUGCCCACUCCUCAAGUGGCAGACACAGUGAAAAUCAAACAGUUACAAGCCUUGAAUACUGUUGUCCAUCAAUUACAAAAAUAUGUGCUGUCAUGUCGUCCUCAUGUGAUUGUAACUCCAGUACAUAAUUUCCACCCAGGACAGGAGGUCUGGGUAAAGGACUGGAAAAAGGUGCCUUUGGAACCCAAAUGGUGUGGGCCAUAUACUGUUGUUAUUUGUUCUCCCCUUGCUGUUAAGGUAGCUGAAAUUAAGCCUUGGAUCCAUUGGACACGCCUGAAAUUGGCUGCAACCCCGUGUGAGACUGUUUCCAAGGACUCUGUCCAGCCUCUACACCCUACCAAAAGGAGAAGACGAAGGAAGGACGCCACCUCGCCUGCUGAUUCACGGGAAGCAAUCGCUCUACGGCCAGGUGGUGAAGACCCUUCUGCAGGUGUUGCUCCAGGUACCGCCGACACCCAUCACACAGGCAACGCAUCGCGUCUCCCGUGGAACCUUCGUCCCCGUCCAACGCGGAGAACCAACCAUGGAUUCCAACCACCGUCUACGCCAGACUGCGUGCAUUAG